AUGUUCUAUCGUCGCAAACCAAGAACGACAAAGACUACCACUACCAAGCCGACUUUGAUGACUCGCUUGCGAGGCCCUAGCGCACGCACUAAGACAGUCAAGACUACUACCACCACCAACACUCCUCACGCCUCACAUCGCACUACCAAGCGCCAUGCUGGGCCUCAUCAUCAUAAGAGAAAGGCGACCUUUGGAGAUAAAGUGUCGGGCGCCAUGUUGAAAAUGAAAGGCAGCAUCACACGUCGUCCUGGUGUCAAGGCUGCUGGUACUCGCCGCAUGCAUGGAACUGAUGGUCGUGGGAGCCAUCGCCAUGUAUACUAG